UGAAAACUAUGAGAUAUACAGGAGAUUCAAGCAUUAGAAGAUGACUCAACUUAUGACUCCAUGGUUUAACAAGGGUGCCUUGAUUCCGAUACCAGAGAUGACAAGAGUUGGGAUCAAUCCGAACACGGUCGCUCACUGCAUUAUCCUAGUGCGAGAGAAUGAGACCAACCUCCCCACACGACAGCCACAUAACACUCUCACAGAUGCCUCAGCAGAUUUAGCAAUCUGCUGGACGCUCGAAGCGUACAUGGCAUUGCUCGCAGCGUCUGUUCCAACGUUCAAGCCCGUGGUUCGAAGGAAAGGCAACCAAACUAAUACUCAAAAUAUUUAUCGUCUUUGUUUACGCUUUGCAACUGAAUAAAAGAGGAUGGGGAGUGGGCCAUUCUCUCUGAGGAAAACCCUUCAUGGAAUGGCAAAGGUAGCCACAAAGUGACCACUGAUGUGGCAUUGGGCAACAUCAACACAGCUGGGAACUCGAAUGGCAUCAACAAGAUUACAACGGUGACCAUCUCUCGCCAAGAGGAUCGCGGAGGAGGGCACCGCAGCACCUUUUGUUGGCAUGGACAAAGACCAUCAAGAGUAGGAAUUUGAUAGAACACUGGCAGAACAAGUGAGAGGGUUAUAUAUUUGGUGCGUCAUGUUCGCACAAUUCAGUACUGAAC